AUGGUGUCCUUUCAAGUCCUCUCAGACAUCCAUCUCGAAGCUCCUGCGGCAUAUGACAUCUUUGACAUUCCCGCCAAAGCCACCUGUCUCGCGCUACUGGGAGACAUCGGCAACAUUCGUGACCCAGGCUUCUUCCCGUUCAUCGAAACCCAGCUACGCAAGUUCCGCACCGUCCUUUUCCUUCUUGGGAAUCACGAGCCGUUCCACUCCAGCUGGGCCGAAGUGAGACGCCAACUCAAUGAGUUUGCACGGGAGGUGGCUCAACGCGCGGAACGCGACCCAACCUUGGGCCUUGGGCAAUUUGUGUUUUUGGACCAGACGCGCUACGAUGUUUCUGACGAGGUGACUGUUCUUGGGUGUACACUCUACUCGCAUGUUGUCCCAGAGCAGGAAGAGAGAGUCAGUUUUGGCCUGAAUGACUUCUAUUACAUUGACGGCUGGACUAUCGCGAGUCAUAACGAUGCCCAUGCAGCGGACCUGGCGUGGCUGAAUGAUCAAGUGGCCACCAUAUCGAAUUCCGAGCCACGAAGAAGGAUUGUGAUUUUCACUCACCAUAGCCCGAUCACGCAAGACCCGAGAGCAAUUGACCCGGUGCAUUCUGGGAGUCCCAUUAGCUCUGGAUUCGCCAGCGAUUUGAGCGAGGAGGAGUGUUGGAGGAAUGCCAAUGUAUGCAUGUGGGCAUUCGGGCACACGCACUUCAACUUCGACUUUAUGGCGGAGGAAGGAACUGGCUAUACAAAGAGGAUUGUGAGCAAUCAGCGUGGGUAUUACUUUAAGCAGGCUGGUGAUUUUGAUGUAGAGAAAGUGGUGACUGUCUAG